GGAGGGGGGCCUCGGGAAAUGUGUGCAUUUAUUCAGUAGCAGGAGUGCAAACCUCAUACAUUGAGGGAGAAAGACAGCGGGAGACGGCCGCCGAGAUUCCCCCAUCUCUUUGAAUAUAAUUUUAGAUUGAGAUUCAGAUUAAAUCCGAGGGGAAAACACUUUAUGAGGCUGAAAGCUGUGUCGUUGCCAGAGACAGGGUUAUGAGCUAUCAAAUGCAAUUACAUUAAGACAGAUUAUACUGGGCAAAUUGAGCCAUUUAGAAGGUGAGAAUCAAAGAAACGGCUCUGAUCCUCUCUUCCCCCUUCUCUCUCUCCCUCUCCCUCUCUCUCUCUCUAAAUUGCAGUUCGUAGUUCCUUGCAAUUCUGAGGCACAAAAGUAGGUGAGACUGCUUUUGUAUCUGCGAAGUGCUUCACUCCUGAAUGUAAUUCUAGCUGAGUGCAAUCUAGGUUAAGAGCCGGACAAGCGGGUAAUUAGAGCCCGCUCGCUGCCCGAGGACCGGCCGCCCUGCCGAAGCGCGCCCAGAGUCGGCGCCUUUUUCCCGGCUGAGCCGAGCUGCGGCUGGACACGGAGCGCCCGAGAUGAUGGUGCUGGACAAGGAGGACGGUGUGCCGAUGCUCUCCGUCCAGCCCAAAGGGAAGCAGAAGGGCUGUGCGGGCUGUAACCGCAAGAUCAAGGACCGCUACCUACUGAAGGCACUGGACAAGUACUGGCACGAAGAUUGCCUCAAGUGUGCCUGCUGUGAUUGCCGCCUGGGCGAGGUGGGCUCCACCCUCUACACCAAGGCCAACCUCAUCUUGUGCCGCCGUGACUACUUGAGGCUCUUCGGCACCACAGGAAACUGUGCUGCUUGCAGCAAGCUGAUCCCAGCCUUCGAGAUGGUGAUGAGGGCCCGGGACAAUGUGUAUCACCUUGACUGCUUUGCCUGCCAGCUCUGCAACCAGAGGUUUUGUGUGGGAGACAAAUUCUUCCUGAAGAACAACAUGAUCUUGUGUCAGAUGGACUAUGAGGAGGGGCAGCUCAAUGGCACCUUCGAAUCCCAGGUUCAGUAACACCCGGCACCUGGCCUCCAGGCCCAUCUGUCUGUCUCCCUGCCUGCCCACCUGCCUCGCAGGCCAGCCAGCCACUCUGCCAACGUGGGCUGGCCAGCCACUGUCUUCUCCAUCCUCAAUGAGAGGGCAACCCUUCCUCCACCGCCACUGCCCGUCUGUUUGUGACCCCUCCUGGGGCCAGGCUGGGCCUGUACAGUCUGUCUUCUGUAUAUAAAUGGGAACAUUUAUUUUAUGAGAAAUGUAACGCGAUUUUAUUACUGGCGUGGAUUAAACUUAUGAAUGUUUCCGGG